UCGGCACGGCACGGCACGGCUCGGCUCGGCACGGCACGGCACGGCACGGCACGGCACGGCACGGCUCGGCUCGGCUCGGCUCGGCACGGCACGGCUCGGCUCGGCUCGGCUCGGCACGGCACGGCUCGGCUCGGCUCGGCUCGGCUCGGCACGGCACGGCUCGGCUCGGCUCGGCUCGGCUCGGCACGGCACGGCACGGCACGGCUCGGCUCGGCACGGCUCGGCACGGCACGGCACGGCUCGGCUCGGCACGGCACGGCACGGCUCGGCUCGGCUCGGCACAGCAAGGCAUGGCUCAGCAGGGCACGGUUCGGCUCGGCUCGGCACAGCAAGGCAUGGCUCAGUAGGGCACGGUUCGGUUCGGCACAGCCUGGAACGGAACAGAACGGCACGGCACGAAUGUGGCUCAGACCAUGGGGAUGAGCAGCUGAAAUCUCCGGGGAUCAGCGGGACAAUGCCAGAGCAAGCAUUGUGCUGACGGCUCUGCAAACGCUGGCACCGGCUCCCGGCCAGCAGCACCCUAUAAAAGCUGAGCCGCUGAAGUAGGCAAACAUUACAUGGGCGAAGCAGCAGUACCGCCUGAGCUAGACACCGUACCAGCAGCAAAGAUGGCUCAGACAAACCCUCUGCCUGUCCCCAUGGGCCCAUGGAAGAGCGUUCGGAGCAGAGGCCGGGAGAACCGCCAGCCACAGCCCUGCCACCCACCCGUCCCAGAACGGCUCCGCUCCUCUCUCCAGACAGCACCGCUACCCCGGGAACUGAUCUCCACAGGGAUCACCGUCUAUGACCAAGAAAACUUCCAGGGCAAGAGGAUGGAAUUCACUUCAGCCUGUCCAAACAUCAUGGAGUGCGGCUUCGACAACAUCCGCUCCCUGAAGGUGGAGUGUGGAGCCUGGGUCGGUUACGAACACACCGGCUUCUGCGGGCAGCAGUUCAUCCUGGAGAGGGGAGAGUACCCACGCUGGGACGCCUGGAGCGGCAGCAAUGCCUACCACAUCGAGCGCCUGAUGUCCUUCCGCCCCGUCUGCUCCGCUAAUCACAAGGAAUCCAAGAUCACUGUCUUUGAGAAAGACAACUUCAUCGGCCGCCAGUGGGAGAUUGGCGAUGACUACCCCUCGCUGCAGGCCAUGGGCUGGGCUAACAACGAAGUGGGCUCCAUGAAGAUCCAGUGCGGCGCCUGGGUUUGCUACCAAUACCCUGGGUACCGUGGCUACCAGUAUGUCCUGGAGUCCGACCACCACGGAGGAGACUACAAGCACUGGAGAGAGUGGGGUUCGCAUGCCCAGACCUCCCAGAUCCAAUCCAUCAGGCGUGUCCAGCAGUAGCUCUCCACUUUCCAGUACACCUGUGCAAGGUUUCUAAAGCUCACCGGCUCCCUUUUGGUGCUAAUACUCCCCUCCUGAAAUAACCACCCCUUCUUGUACUGCAACUGCUUAGGGAACAACACUCCCAAAUGGUACCAACUGCCACAAUUGCCAAUAAAUGUGACUGAAAGAAAAAGAUAAA